GGGGCGUGGGGCGCGGUGGUCUGAUCGCGAACGGCUCCGGCUACGUAGACGGGGGGAGGGAGCGGCCUGCGAGCGGGGCAGACCCGCGUAAGAGACAAAAGCCCGGCACGGCCUCGCUGCUGCCGGAGGGGUCUUUUGUUGCCGCUUCUCCAUCGGGGCUUGUUCGCUUUCUGCUGCCGCCCCCCGCCCCAGUACGCCGCUGGAUACAGCCGGGGCGGGAAUCGCGAGCAGGCGGCGGCUUCCGCCCGGCACGGAGAGCGAGCGGCCCCCGGUCCCGUCCUCCUCGUCCACCAGUUGAUCAGAGUUCGGCUGGGCCGAGGCGGGGAGCUGCCCGGACAGCGCUGCUCCGUCCUCGCUCCCUCCGGCGGCGUGUGGUGAAGUAGGAAAGAGCGGACACCUCCCGCCUCUCCCCGCCUGCCCUCUCCUCCCCGCGGCUGGGGCUCUGGAUAGGAGGAGCCGGAGGAAGAGGAAGAUGACGAGUGGGUGCAAUUAGCCUAACAAGGGACGGGCGGCGGAGGCGGCGGCGUCCCCGCGCCGAGGACUGACACAUCUGCUCUUUCCUCCUCCAGCCAUGAAGGCAGAAGCUGGGGAGCGUAGCUGAAGCCCAGGGUCGUUCCGGUGCUCUUCCCUAUGGCAACUGCGUGAAGGGGCCGACCCCCGUCCCUCGGCGGCGGGGCUGGGCUGGCCGAGCCUCGCCUGGUGUGCGCGAGUGGCUCUGGCGUUGACUCCCUCCUCCCGUCCCUUCCCUUCCCCGAUGUCGGCUCCAGAGGAUUUGCGCCUCCUUUGUAACCGGGAAUGAAAUAAUGGCGACCCGGUGGGCAGCGGGGCCACCCGGCGGAGAUGGAGACAACGAGCCCCCCCCGGGCGGCGGCAGCGGCGCCGGCGGCCAGACAUCCAAAAAUAAAGAUGGAAAAGAGCAGAGUGAAGCUGUAUCACCAUCGGAGGAGGAAGAAACUUUCUCUUGGCCUGGUCCUAAAACUGUCGUGCUGAGGAGGACAUCUCAGGGUUUUGGCUUCACCUUAAGACACUUCAUAGUUUACCCUCCGGAAUCUGCAGUUCAGUUUUCUUUUAAAGAUGAAGAGAAUGGGAAUAGACAAGGAAAACAAAGAAAUAGACUGGAGCCAAUGGAUACCAUAUUCGUUAAACAAGUUAAAGAGGGUGGACCUGCUUUUGAAGCUGGACUGUGCACAGGUGACAGGAUUAUAAAAGUCAAUGGAGAAAGUGUUAUUGGGAAGACAUAUUCUCAAGUCAUUGCUUUAAUACAGAACAGUGACAGCGUAUUGGAACUUAGUGUUAUGCCAAAAGAUGAGGACAUCCUUCAACUGGCGUAUUCUCAAGAUGCCUACCUGAAAGGCAACGAAGCCUACAGUGGCAAUGCCCACAACAUACCUGAACCACCACCCAUAUGUUAUCCACGCCUGACAUCCACAGCCUCUGUUAAGGCACCAGCUGGAGACAAGCUCCCGUCUGACUUCUCGCUGGGGAAGCAGCAAGUCAGUAGACCAGUCCGGGCAUUGGCACAGCCAGAGAGGGCCUACAGAAUGGAAAUACAAGUGCCUCCAUCACCAACAGACAUUGCAAAAUCAAAUACAGCCGUGUGUGUUUGCAAUGAAACUGUAAGGACUGUUAUUGUGCCUUCUGAGAAGGCUGUAGAUUUGCCGUCUUGCAGAAAUAACCAUGCUGGUCCAUCACACAGGACAGAGGAAGUAAGAUACGGCUUAAAAGAUCAAACCAAUCUGAAAGCAUGGACCACAUCACCACCGUCUUUAGUGUCCACUGCCAUUGUACUUCCCCAGACUCCAAUAACAAGACCAGUUGAUACAACUGGAACAGUAGGUAAAGCUUCAAAUUAUGUAGUAUGUCCAGAAGGCAUCCCAAACACUAGAUCUUCUACUCAAGCCACAGAGUCGCCCUCAGUCUCUACUAAUCACUACAGUUCUCCAGCCUCCCACCAGCAUAUAGACUGGAAGACCUACAAAACUUACAAGGAGUACAUUGAUAAUAGGCGCAUGCACAUGUAUGGCUCCCGAACAAUACAGGAAAGGUUAGACAGCUUGAGGGCAGCCUCUCAGAACACAACUGAGUAUAAUCAGGUGGUGCCAAAUCGCACUGCUUCUCAGGUACGGCGCAGGAGCACCUCUCACGACAGGGUUCCGCAGUCUGUGCAGAUCCGGCAGAGGAGUGUAUCCCAGGAAAGGCUCGAAGAGCCCGUGUUGAUGAAAGAGUGGCCACGAAGUGCUUCUCAAGAUACUCUAACUUCGCCUUCGGUCAAUGCUAGAAAUCACAGGGCUCGGUCAUGGGAUUAUCUCAGCAAACAGGGUGAAGUGCUAGAAAAUUUUCAUUCUGACAAUAUGAUUGCAGAUGCAAAUGGAGAUAGGAGAAAGACUUACAAAUGGACAGGGUUUACUGAACAAGAUGAUCGGCGAGGUAUUUAUGACAGAUCUAGACAACAUGCAUUUCAUAUGUCCCUUCGAGGUCAAAAUUUUCCUAUUGCUCCAAAUACUUAUAUUUCAGAUAACAGGAGAACAGGUAGUAGAGCUUCUCUGCCUGGUUCUCACUUCCAGAAAGUUUCACCAGAUAUUAAAAUGUUACAGCCUUCUCGCGAUUCGCAGACUCCUAUGGGAGUUUCAAAAUCUGCAGGUGUUUCACAAGAGAGGUUGUCUCUCACACCAGCUAGAAGUUCUAGAAGUAGCUCUCUGAAGAACUCAGCUCCCUAUGCAGCAAAACCAUCAAUUCCCCUUAACCAGGGCCUGGAUGCUAUUGCCAGCAAAGACCAAAGAACAGUAAAUCACUUGCAUCAAAGCAGUCCGUUAAACCAACAGUCGAGGAUCCGAGCUGAGGGUGCCCCAGAUCACAAAGCAGAAACUGGUAAAACCAUCCAGCCCUCCUCUCUGGCUCUAGCUUCCACCAAACUUGUUCAGCCAACAAGUGAGUGUUUAACUACCUCUGACAAUGUAGAUGGUUCCAUCAAACAAAAGAUUCAGGGUUUUGAAAGGGAAGAUGUUCGUGAGUCUGAAAGUGUGCAAAUGGAUGUUCAGGGAAAUGACAAAGACACAGUGGUCAUGCGGGACAAAACACCUUCUGGCCACCAAACUCCUCAACCUUUGAGACAUCAGUCCUACAUUCUUGCUGUAAAUGACCAAGAGGCAGCCUCAGACACUACCUGUUGGUUACCUAAUGAUGCUCGAAGAGAAGUCCACAUAAAAAGAAUAGAGGAAAGGAAAGCAUCAAGUUCCAGCCCACCUGGUGACUCUUUGGCUUCAAUUCCAUUUAUUGAAUCCAUCCGGCCUGGUGUCCUGGAUAGCCAGCCUGCCACAAAAACUGAGAGAUCAAAGUCGUAUGAUGAAGGACUGGAUGACUACAGAGAAGAGGGAAAAUCAUCCAUUAAGCAUGUAUCUAGUUUAAAGGGGAUUAAGGUCCCAGACAGCCAGAAAUCUUCAGAAGACUCUGGUUCCCGAAAAGAUUCCUCUUCAGAGGUGUUUGGUGAUGCCUCCAAAGAAGGAUGGCUCCAUUUUCGUCAGCUUUUUACAGACAAAGGAAAGCGAGUUGGUGGGAGCAUUCGGCCAUGGAAGCAACUGUAUGUUGUUCUUCGAGGUCAUUCACUUUAUCUCUACAAGGAUAAAAAGGAACAGGUGACCCUCUCUGAGGAAGAACAACCUAUAAGCAUCAAUGCUUGCUUGAUAGACAUCUCGUACUGUGAAACCAAGAGGAAGAAUGUAUUUAGACUCACCACAUCAGACCGGGAGUAUUUGUUUCAAGCUGAGGACAGAGAUAACAUGUUAGCGUGGAUUAAAGCAAUACAAGACAACAGCAACUUAAAUGAUGAGGAUACUGGUGUUACUAGUAGAGAUCUAAUUAGUCGAAGGAUUAAAGAGUACAGUACAAUGAUGAGUUCUUCCAGCAGCAAAACAGAGCCAUCUCCCAAAACACCUCGGCAGAGUCUGAGUAUCAGACAGACUCUGCUUGGAACUAAAGCAGAGCAGAGGACUCAGAGUCCCCAUUCUCCUAAGGAUGAGACAGAAAGGAAGCUUCUCACUAAAGAUGAGACAAGCCCACCAAAAGACAAAGGGACAUGGAGAAAAGGCAUUCCAAGCAUUAUGAGGAAGACAUUUGAAAAGAAGCCCUCUGCUGUUGGAACAUUUGGUGUUAGACUAGAUGACUGCCCUCCAGCUCAUACCAACAAAUAUAUUCCAUUGAUUGUUGAUAUAUGCUGCAAACUGGUUGAAGAAAGAGGUCUUGAGUACACAGGUAUUUACAGAGUGCCUGGAAAUAAUGCUGCCAUCUCAAGUAUGCAAGAAGAGCUCAACAAAGGAAUGACUGACAUUGAUGUGCAUGAUGAUAAAUGGCGUGACUUGAACGUGAUAAGCAGUUUGCUGAAAUCCUUCUUCCGAAAGCUCCCAGAGCCCCUCUUCACCAACGACAAAUAUGCAGACUUUAUAGAUGCCAAUAGAAAAGAAGAUCCUGUUGAGCGUCUGAAAACACUGAAGAGACUGAUUCAUGAUUUACCUGAACACCAUUAUGAGACUCUGAAGUUUCUUUCUGCACAUCUGAAGACAGUAGCAGAAAACUCAGAAAAGAACAAGAUGGAACCAAGAAACCUGGCAAUAGUAUUUGGUCCAACACUUGUGAGGACAUCUGAUGAUAACAUGACACACAUGGUUACGCACAUGCCAGACCAAUAUAAAAUUGUAGAAACACUCAUCCAAAAACAUGACUGGUUUUUCACAGAAGAUGAUGCUGAUGAACCUCUUACAGCAGUUCAGGAGGAAAACACUGUAGAAUCUCAGCCAGUGCCAAACAUAGAUCAUUUACUCACCAACAUUGGAAGAACGGGAGUAUCUCCUGGAGACGUAUCAGAUUCAGCUACUAGUGACUCAGCAAAAUCUAAGGGUUCUUGGGGUUCUGGAAAGGAUCAGUAUAGCAAGGAACUGCUUGUGUCCUCCAUUUUUGCAGCAGCUAGUCGCAAGCGGAAAAAAACGAAAGAGAAACCACAACCAAGUAGCUCAGAGGAUGAGUUGGAUAAUGUGUUUUUCAAGAAGGAGCUUGCAGAACAAUCUCGUGCUGACACAGCAAAAGAGAACACAGCUAAAGGGGAAUAUGAAAGAGAGAGAGAGAUAGGGAGAAAACAAAGGAUGUUUGUCCUGAAGGAAAAAGAGAACAGCAGUAAAAAAGAUGUGAAUGUUGUAAAGGAUGAAAAGAAGUCAUUAAAGAGAGAAAAUAUCCUGACAGAGGAACCUUCACUGCCUUACCAUGAAAAAUGUACAAAAUCAUCAAAUACCAACUGUCCUCAAACCAUGCAGAAGAAUAACCCAAAAAUGCCUAUUUCACAAUCUUCUUCCCAGGUUGAGGAGACAGUGUCUGAUUCUGGCACUAUGCUAAGCACUUCCUCCCAGGCUUCCCAGCACAGAUACUCAUGCAAAAAAGUAGCCAGCCCUGAAAUUAAACACAAUGAGUUUUUAGCAGCUGAUGUCAGCUCCAUCACCUCAGAUUACUCAACUACUUCAUCUACUAUGUAUCUGACUGGUUUAGAUGCCAGUAUGCUGAGCCCUGAGGUGCAGUCAGUGACAGAAAGCAAGGGAGAAGAAGCUGAUGAUGAAAGAAGUGAAUUGAUCAGCGAAGGGCGCCCGAUGGAGACGGACAGUGAAAGUGACUUCCCUGUCUUUGCUACCAGCGCUGCUGCCGAAAGGCUGUCCAAAGGGAAAGUUCCAGAAGUGGCAAAGACCAGUCGGAGGAACUCUGAAGAAAGCGAAGUAAGUUGUACUGAGGGAAGUUCCACGCCAAAGUUAGAGAGCCGCAGACUUUUUAGCUCACACAAACUUAUCGAAUGUGAUACACUCUCCAGGAGAAAGUCUGCACGGCACAAAACAGACAGUGAGGGGUCAGGGGAUGCGAAGAGUGAGAAGGACUUGCCUACUGUGACCAAAAUGUUUGACAUCAUGAAAAAAGGAAGAUCUACAAGCAGUUUAGCUACAUCUGCCAAAAGCGAGGCUGACAAACAAGAACCUACGUGGAGACUCAAGAUUACAGACAGGUUAAAGCUGCGACUCAAAUCAUCUGCUGAUGACAUGUUUGGAGUUGGGAAUCAGAAAGCUAACUCUGCAGAGACUGCAAAGAGAAAGAAUAUCAGGCGAAGGCACACACUUGGAGGGCAGAGGGAUUUUGCUGAAAUAAGCGUCCUGAAUGCUUGGAAAGCUCAAGAACCAAGUCAAAGUAGAGAGAGAGAAUCUGAGCUUUCAGCUGUGACUCGGUUGAAGCCCAAAUGUCCAGCCCAGGACCUGUCGAUCUCGGACUGGCUUGCACGAGAACGUUUACGCACUAGCACAACUGACCUUAAUACGGGUGAAACUGGAAAGCCCAGACUUGAGAACACUAACUUAGCAGAGGUAUCAAAGGUAGAACUGCCCUCAUCUGCAGAGAUGCAGGCAGAUGAAGGCAGCUCUUCCAGCAGCUUGACUUUAAUUAAUAGAACACCACCUUCGGGACCAUUUCAGCCACCAGACCAGGUAAAUGGUGAAAAUUACCAGAACAUGAACAAAAACAACUUCAGCCCAGCAGUUGAUGCCCAUCCUCAUAAACUGUCUGGGACCCAAGUGGUUAGAUCUCGAUUUUACCAGUAUCUUUGAAAUGGGGAGAUAUGUCCACUGCAGCAAUUCAUUAACUUACUGUUACACUUCCCAGUAACUCUGUGUGUGCGUGUGUGUGUGCGUGUGUGUGUGUACAUAUAUAAUUUUUUUUCCUGUACUGUUGUUGUUAUGCAGCCUUCAUUUGGGCUGGUUUCAUCAAUGUGCUCUGUGGAACGUCUUCACAGUGCAUUACCACAGCCAGAAGAACACUAAAGUUAAAGUAUAUAUAUAUAUAUAUUUUAAGAAAAAGUAUAUUUGAUGGCUGCAUACAAAUGUUGAACAAAGCAUCUGAUGCAACAUGCUGUGUAGUGUAUACAUGGUUUUCUGACUGAGAGUUGGCCAGCAUUAGUAUGCAGGAAAAUUGUUCUUUUGGUUUAGUCACUAACAAGUGCCUCAUUAUAAAUUCAUUUGGUUUGUUAGGGUGCCAUAUUGCUAAAUUAGAGAAACUUAUUACAAACAAAUGAAUGCAUUUUACUGUUAAUGAGUUUCAUUACAUUUUACAAAUGUUAACACAGGUGGCUACAGAGCUUCCAUUCCUUAGGCAUUCCAGUAAAUAUUGGAGUUUUAUAUUUCCAAUUUUAAUACAGAUUUUGAGUUUUAUGUGACUUGAAUUUCUAAUCUUUCUGUAAAAUAAGUAACUUAACUGUACAUAUUACAUGUGUAUCUUUUCUUCAGAUACCAGAUUUGAUAUAAAUGUUGUAACAUAGGCGUGUAGAUAGUGGAUACUGGAUGGAACUGGUUUCUUUUAUCGAGAAUAUAAUUCUGCAUGAAGACCUAAUGAAUCCAAACCUGUAUCAUGCCUGUGUGCAUACCCACUUAAACACUGGAAAUAAAAUUGUUUUGGUGACUCUU